AUGCCCGACGAGCCGCCCGAGCCCGGGCGCGCCACGCUAGCGCGCGCCUCCUCGUUCCUCAUCGAGAACCUGCUGGCGGCCGAGGCCAAGCGCGCGGGGCGCGGCGCGCGGGGCGGCCGCGAGGACCACGACCACGACCACGACGGCGACGACGACGACGACGACGACCCGGAGGACGCGCGCGCGGGGCCGGCGCGGCGGCGGCGGCUGCGAGCGGGCGCGGGGCCCGGCGGGGAGGCGCGGGCGCGGGCGCCGCUCGGGCCCGGCGCGAUGGGCCUGGGGCCCCGGCCGCCCCCCGGGCCCGGGCAGCCCUACGCUCCGGGCGGCGGCGGCUCGGCGCGCUGGUGCCCGAGGGCGCGAGGCGGCUACGGAGGCGGCCCGAGUCCUGACCCCAGCGACUGGGACUCGCCGGAGAUGGACGAGGAGAUGGGCCGCGCAGACGGUGCCUGGCCGCUGGUCCCAGGGCCGGCCAUGGCGCAGUCUCAUCCGGAGGAGGCCGAGCUGACAGCGCGCGGCCCGGCGGCCGGCGUGGAGGAGGCCGCCGAGCUGACAGAGCCCGGGCCGGCAGGCGAGGCACCUGGUAGCGGCGGCGGCGGCGGCGGCGCGGGCGGCGGCCGCAAGAAGAAGACCCGCACCGUGUUCUCGCGCAGCCAAGUCUUCCAGCUCGAGUCCACCUUCGACCUGAAGCGCUACCUGAGCAGCGCGGAGCGCGCGGGCCUGGCCGCCUCGCUGCAGCUCACAGAGACGCAGGUGAAGAUCUGGUUCCAGAACCGUCGCAACAAGUGGAAGCGGCAGCUGGCGGCCGAGCUGGAGGCGGCCAGCCUGUCCCCACCCGGCGCGCAGAGGCUCCUGCGGGUGCCGAUGCUCUACCACGACAGCGCCCCGGCCGCUCCCGCCGCGCAGCCGAACGCGCUGCCUUUCCCGCUGCCGCCCGCGCCGCCCGCGCCGCUGUUCGGCUUCUCGGGGGCCCUGGCCUACCCGCUGGCCACCUUUCCGGCCGCCGCCUCCAUGCCCUUCCUGCGGGCGCAGAUGCCCGGCCUGGUGUGA